AUGAGGACCGGUAUUCUCCAUGUCAAGAAUGACACCAUUCUUGAUGCCAACGGGCAGCGAGUGGUUCUGCGUGGUGCAGCCCUAGGAGGAUGGAUGAAUAUGGAGAACUUCAUCACUGGGUUCGCUGCCCAUGAAUUCCAGCAUUGUGCAGAAAUGCACCGGGUCCUAGAUCCCGAGAAAUACGAGUUCUUCUUCGACAAAUGGCAGGGACAUCGGUCUCCAAGGCAUGAUCUACACUAA